AUGUUUGGUUUUCGUACACCGGAUAAAAAGACAGAUAACACAGAGACAUCAAGAAUGGAGAAACCCGGAACAUCCCGGUUUGACCCAUUAUCAAAUAAGACGUCCCACGUAAGGAAAAGCAUUGGAGAAUGGGAGAAUGGAAAAGGGAAGGCAACUCAGUCCCCGACAGAAUCAACAGAAGUAGAAAGGACAAGAAAAAAGGAAACGGCUACAAAAGAGAAAAACGAGAACGUAAGAAGAAUGUCAUCGGAGAUUGUGGUCAUAAGCCCACCAAAGAAACAAAGUAAAAUAGCUGAGGCAAAAGCCUGCGUUACCAAAGCGAAAAUUAAUUUAAAUAUGUCAAGGAACAUUAAGACAGAGAUAAAGACUGGAGUGGCGGAGGCUAUUGACAGGCUGUAUGGAAUUGUUAAGGAAAUGGCUAAAGAAAUGGAAAAAGGAGAAGAGAAGAAACCAAAUGAGAAAGAAAGAAAAAGAGAAAACUUGGAGAAACAAAAGGAAAAGGAGAAGGAACAAGAACAAGACCUAGAAAAAGAGAAAGAGAAAGAGAGUGUCUUAAUCAAGAAGAUGGAAGAACACGCAAAAUUAAUAGAAGAAAGUAAUGCAAAAAUCAGAGAACUAAACGACAAUCUAGAGAAGUACCAAGAAAAAGAAAAACAAACGUACGCAAACGUAGUAACGCAGAACAAAGGGAAAUCGAUGGAGAAAAACGUAAUGCAUUCGGUGGUUGUAACUGCUAAAGACGAGAAUGAAACAGGAGAAGAAGUACUGAAUAGAAUUAGGAAAGCUGUAAAUGCAAAAGAUGGAGAAAUAGCAGUUGAAAGGAUACGCAAGGCGAAGGACAGAAAAGUUAUCGUAGGAUGCAGGACGGAACAGGAUAGAAAACAACUAAAAGAAAGGCUAGAAACUGUAAAAGACCACUUAGAAGUACAAGAGAUCAAAAAUAAAAAUCCGCUAGUUAUCUUGCGAGAUGUAUUCAAAUAUAAUAGCGACGAUGACGUAUUAGCCGCGUUGAGAAACCAGAAUAAGAAUAUUUUUAAAAAUCUAGAAGAAGAAAAGAUGGAGAUUAUAUACAAAAGGCGAGCCAGAAAUCCACACGCAAACCAUAUUGUCAUGAGAGUGGCCCCUCAAAUAUGGCAAAGAAUGGUCGAUGCAGAAAGAGUCCAAGUAGACUUGCAGAGAAUCAGGGUCGAAGACCAGUCGCCGGUAAUACAGUGUUCGACGUGUUUAGGCUACGGACACCCGAAAAGACUCUGCAAGGAACAGGUGGAAAAGUGCAGCCACUGCGGAGGACCGCACAAAAAGGUGGACUGCACAGACUGGCUCGCCGGGACUGAUCCAACAUGCUGCAAUUGCAAGCAUGAAAAGUUGGACAGAGCGGACCAUAACACUUUCAGCCACGAGUGCCCGAUAAGAAAGCGGUGGGACGCCUUGGCGCGGUCUGCCAUUUCAUAUUGCUAA